UUUUUGUGUGUGUGUGUGUUUGAUGCUAUGGUCAUAUGAUCAAAGGCUAAACAUGAUUGUUGAAAAACUUUGACUCUAUGGAUUACUUUCAUUUCAGUCUUUUCUAACUAAGUUUAAUUGGUUGUAUUUUAACUUCAUGAUUCAGAGCUUUUACUGUUCCAAAUGCACUAGCUACCUGCAAUAUUAUGAUUUUUUUCUUUUAAUUAGUUAAAGCUUCAGUCCUGAUAUAAUUCAUAUCCUCCUUCCUUAAAAUGUUCUUAGGCCUUCUUGCUGAAUGUGAUUGAAGACCUGCCUCCUCCUUAUUCGCCAAUGAGCUGCGCAUUUGCACUUCAAAAAGGAUCGAUGGUGGGCUACAGUAGGUAAAUCUGGGUAAAUGUCGUUUACUCAUAGAUGGAAGGAUGACGGGGAAGUCGACGAGGUUCAAAGAGAUCCUCAUGAUAUUCUGUCUCUGUGUCAAGUCUUCCCGGAACCCUUAAGAAAUGGAAAUAGUAGAAGACAGUAUAAAAUAUGCGUGUUUGGAGGAGGGUGAAUUAGAAGGAGAAUGGCUUUGUUUAUAUGAGAAUGGUAUCGAAAAAGUGAUUCAUACACAAGGACCGGAUCAGCUAGUACAGCUUAGUUCCCUUAUUAUGGAUGAUUGCUUGAAACCUAAACAAAUUGAUUCUCGUUGUUUCGUGGAGUUUGAAUUAUACGAAAACUCAAAGCUGGAAACCAAAAUUUAUCAAGUUGAGAAGGAGAUUAAGAAGAAUAAUCAAGCUUGGGUUCAAAUUAGUAAAGCCAUAACAUUGAAACAGGUGGAUAAAGCAGACUUAUUAUCACUCUUGUAUACUUUAGCCGGCGAGGAAUUGAGGUUACAGGAAAUAUUAAACGUGAAGAAAAAUAAAAUAGACCAUUUGAAUCAAGCUAUGGUGAAGCUCCACACUGAAGUGUGUCCCACGAGAGAGAAAAGCGCGGAGCUUAAUUAUUAUAUUCGCAGCUUGAGUUCUCGGAUGCAACAUGGGAAAAACACGUUAGUUAAGGAAAAACAUCUCCUUACGGAGAUUAAACAACUAGAGGGGAUGAGAGAUGCAGUUAUUGCUAGUGAGUCUAAGAAAAAGGAGUUUUUCGAUAAGAGAAGGGACUAUGUUUAUGAUUGUUUUGAAUCUGGUUGGGGUCGAAACUUUAGAAACCAGGUUAAGUUUGUAGGAGUGGAGAAUUUGGGUGUUGUAAAAAAGCAGAAGCAUUUAGUCAGUCAGAGAAUUAAGCAUAUGAAGGAGCUAGUGAAGCACAUCGGUAAUGAAAUUAGUUUGCUGCAACUGAAAUUGACUGCUACUGAACAGAAAAAGAAUGCAGAAUAUGAGCACUUGCUUGAGCUCAAGAAACAGUGGGAGAAUGAGGUUGAGAAUUUUGGCGACGGUUAUGUGAAAAUAAAGCUGUCAUCCUUCGACAACCGACACUUAGAUAUAGACGGACAAAUGAGGAACCCUGAUGAUGAUACCUUUUCUGCCUUGAAUCUCCAGAAUGAAGACAGUAACAAUUUGAUUGCCUUGGGUUGUGUUGACUUCAAAGAAGAGAAGGAAGAGUUUGAAGAACCAGAUAAAGCGAUAUACACAAGAAACAUGAUUGAUAGGGCAAAGUCAAAGGAGAAGAGAAAAAAAUUGGCAGAUAGAGAAGUAGCAAAGGUACCUACAUGGACUCGAAAAGAUGCUGAAAUGAUGUUAAUGGAGUAUCAAAAGAAUUCGAAGUGGGCAUAAACAAUAGUAAUCUUUAGUACCCAGUGUCUCUAUUGAGUCUAUUGAGAAUCUCUGAUUUUGAUAGAGUGGAGGCUGUGCCAGAAUAUUCUGAUGUACAUUUAAAGCAAUCAAUAUGAAGCUUUAUUUCCAUUCAAGGUAGUGAGUUUCUCAUUGCGGAAAAUCUGUUAUCCUGACGAUGUUUAAGCCCCUCGUUUUUGUGUGAUCUGGUCUGGACUGGGGGCCCAGCGCAAGUGUUAUUUUUUCUUUAUUUGCCUGUAUAUAGUUGAACAAAAUCAUGUGAGUUAAAUACUUCUAAUUUGGCAUCAA